AUGGACAUGGCUGACCAGUUGAAGCCUGCAGCAGGAGAUCAGACGGGGAUGAUGAUGAUGAUGCAGAUGGACAGGCUCCCCGACUUCCACGCCGCCUAUGACAACGCCGCCUCCCCUCUUUCCCCAGCGCCGCCGUUCCACCGCGGCGGAAGUAGUUACAACCCCAAUACAGCCGCCGCCGCCGCCGGCGCACGGCCACAACUCUUUAAUAACAGUACUCCAGUUUCGUCCACAUUGAUGAACCCCUCGUCCUCCGUUUCUCUUUCGGCCCAAGACCCGGCGGUGCUGCCGUUGCUGUUGAACUCCGGCACCUACGAGUUACCGACGUCGCAGAAGCGGAACUCGAUGGCGGUGAUGAGGGAGAUGAUAUUCAGGAUAGCGGUAAUGCAGCCGAUCCACAUAGACCCGGAGUCGGUGAAGCCGCCGAAGAGGCGGAACGUGAAGAUAUCGAAGGAUCCACAGAGCGUGGCGGCCCGUCACCGGAGGGAGAGGAUCAGCCAGAGGAUGAGGAUACUUCAAAGACUGGUUCCCGGCGGAACCAAGAUGGACACGGCUUCCAUGCUGGACGAAGCCAUUCACUACGUGAAGUUUUUGAAGACGCAGGUGCAGUCGCUGGAACUCGCCGCCGCAAAACGCCCAGCGGGAUUGGGGGUUCCGGUGGCUAUGGGGGGUAACGGCGGGUUCCAGCCGACGAUGAGAGGUGAUUACCAAUUACCAGGGGCAGCUCAGAGUGGUCAGAACUACAGUGUUUAG